UUUUGCGUGAGUUCGGCACGUUCGCCCGUAAAAUUGAGAUCUGCAUUUCCGGGCUCUAAAACGCGAAACUGCCCGGAACAAGUCAGAGAAUUGGGCACGUUCUCCAGGGACAUGUUUGCCUACAUUCUGGCCUCAUUACUAAUAUGGUUUCUGUGCUGGUGGAUACGAGACAGACGCAAACUUGAGCAUCUCUCAGACAAGUAUGUGUUCAUCACCGGGUGUGACACUGGUUUUGGAAAUCUGGCUGCCAAGUCUUUUGAUAAAACUGGAUUCUGGGUACUUGCUGGGUGCCUGACAGAGGAAGGGGCACAAAGGUUAAGCAAUGAAACCUCAAGUAGAUUGAAGACAAUCGUGCUGGAUAUUACAAAGUCAGAGAGCAUUGAAAAUGCAGUGAACCAAAUCAAGCAGGAGGUGGGACACAGAGGUCUUUGGGGCUUGGUAAACAAUGCUGGGAUUGUUGGGACACUUUGUCCCAUUGAUUGGUUAAGAACUGAACAUUUCCGAAGACCUAUUGAAGUUAACUUACUGGGAUCUAUAGAAGUGACGUUAAAAUUGCUGCCACUGAUUAAAAAAGCUAGAGGAAGAAUUGUGAAUAUAAGCAGUGUUCUUGGCCGAUUAGCUGUGAGCGGUGGUGGAUACUAUGUGUCAAAGUUUGGCAUAGAAGGUUUCAAUGACAGCUUAAGGCGUGACAUGAAGAGAUUUGGAAUAAAAGUUGCUUGUAUUGAACCCGGGACCUUUGAAACCAGAAUGACCAACUGUGAAAUACAUCGUCAUGAAAAGGAAUGCCUCUGGGAUGAUCUCCCACCGGAUGUGAGAAAAGAGUACGGAGAAGACGAUUUAAUACAAUCGGUUGUCAGACGGGAGAAACUAGUGAAAUUAUUGUCGAGUACAGAUCUUUCCCUGGUGGUGUGGUGUAUGGAACAUGCUCUAUCAGCCAAGUACCCAAGGACUCGGUACAGUGCCGGCAUUGAUGCAAAACUACUAUGGAUCCCCCUAUCAUAUUUGCCAACAUUUAUUGCAGAUUACCUGCUGACUACGGAUACGAUAAUAAACCCAAGUUCUGUGUAAAGGAUUCUCACUCUAUCUUCAGUGUGAACAUUGUUUAUUAGAAACAUUGACACUGGAAGGCUCUGGACCAAAUUGCAGACAAUUUGUGACAUAUUUGUACAUGGAGCUUAAAAAAAUGGAGGGUUAUGGGCAACCCUGGGUAAUUUCUAAGGAAGGACAUGUUGGCACAGCUUUGUGGGCCGAAGGGCCUGUAUUGUGCUGUAGGUUUUCUAUGUUUCUAUUUGUCCUGCUACAAGAAUGCAAGUGUUUAUAUCGCCAAUAUUGUAUAGUUAGAUUUUGUUCACGUGUGGAUAAAGAAUCUGUUUUUGAGGAAUGUGAGCUGAAUCAAGGAUGGCUUACAUUUGGGUAGUUAAUGAAGAAAGGAAUAUCUACAUUUAUUCAGCAUUUUUUUUACUUCACCCCGCAGACAACGCUACUAAUGGUACCUUGGUGCAUACUAUUGUACAUUUUUAUGCUUAAGCUGCUGGAGUAGGACUUGAACCUACAAACUUCAGACUUGAGGUGAGAGAGCUGGUCCACAGAUCUAAAGUGGAAAUUGCUGGAAAAGGCAUGCAGCAGAAAAUUUCAAUCAGACAAAGAAAUUUCCUAAUUACCAAAGGCUGUUAAAGUGAAAUAGACAGAAUAGCCCAAAUUACUUCUUCCUUGUUGUUAAGAUUUAUUAUUGUCUUUAUAUCAAAAACUGAAUCAACAUUUGAACUGAUGUUGUUUAUUCAACCAUAAGACAUAGGAGCAGAAUUGGGCCAUUCAUCCCAUUCAGUCUGCUCUGCUGUUCCAUCAUGGCUGUUUAUUAUCCCUCUCAACCCCAUUCUCCUGCCUUCUCCCCAUAAAGACUGAUGUCCUUACAAAUCAAGAACCGAUCAACCUCUACUUUAAAUAUAGCCAAUGAUUAGCUUCAACAGCCAUCUGUGGCAACGAAUUCCACAGAUUCACCGCCCUUAACUAAAGAAAUUUCUCCUCAUCUCUGUUCAAAAUGGACAUGUUUCUAUUCUGAGGCUGUGCCCUCUGGCCCCAGAACAAUCCCCCCGCUCUUACAAUAGGAAAGAUCUUUUCCAUGUCCACUCUCUCAAUAUUCACUAGAAUCGAUCAGAAACCCUCCUCAUUCUUCUAAACUGCAGUGAGUACAGGCCCAGACCUAUCAAAUGCUCUUCCUACAUUAACCUUUUCAUUGCCUGGAUCACAUUACUAUGAGCCUCUUCUGGAUCCUUUCCAAAGACAGCAUAUCCUUCCUUUGAUAAGGGGCCAAAGUACUCUCAAUACCCCAAAUGCAGUUUGAAUAAUAACCUCUAAAGCAUCAACAUUACAGUAUUGCUUUUAUAUUCUAGUCUUCUUGAAAUGGCUGCUAACAUUGCAUUUGCCUUCCAUACCACCAACUCACCUGCAAGUUAGCCUUCAGGGAAUCCUGCAAAGGAUUCCCAAUUCCCUUUCUAAUUUUUGAUUUUUCUUCUCAUUUAGAAAAUAGACUAUACCUUUAUUCCUUCUUGCAAAGUACAAAGCCAUAUACUUCUUGACACUGUAUUCCAUCUGACAUUUCUUUGCCCAUUCGGUUAAUCUAUCGAAGUCCUUCUGCAGAUUCCCUGCUUCCUCAACACUACCUGCUCUUCCACCUGUUUUCAUAUCACCUGCAAACCCGGCCACAGAUCAAUUAAUUCCAACGUCCAAAUCAUUCGUGAAAAAAAGCAGUCCCAACACCAGCCACUAUGGAACACCACUAGUCACUGGCAGCCCCUUUAUUCCCACUCUUCCUUUCCUGUAAGUCAGCCAAUCUACUUAUCCAUGCUAGUAUCUUUCCUGUAAUACCACACAUUCUUCUUUUGCUUCAUGGACUUGUAUGUGACAUCCUGUCAAAGGCCUUCUGAAAAUCAAGUAAACACCAUCCACUGAUUCUCCUUUGUCAACACUGCAUGUUAUUUCCUCAAAUUCAAACAGACCUGUCAGAUAAAUUUUCCCCUUAAGCAGGCCAUGCUGACUUCAGCCUAUUUUAUCAGGUACCCCAAAUCCUCCGCAAUCUCUUCCGCUACCUCUUUCAGAACCCUGGGAUGUACAUUCAGGUCUUUCAGCUUCCCAAGCAACUUCCCCUUCGUAAUAGCAACUACACUCACAAUUGCCCUGUGACUUCCUUUAAUUUCUGGCAUACAGCUCUUGUCUUCCACAGUGAAGAUUGAAGCAAAAUACUUCGAGUCAAUCAGCCAAUUCUUUGUGCCCUAUUACUACCUCUCUAGCAUCAUAUUCCAGCGGUCUGAUUCCUCCUCGCGCCUCUCUUUUACUCUUUAUAUAUCUGAAAAACCUUUUGGUAUCCUCUUUAAUAUUAUUUUCUAGCUUACCUUCAUAUUUCAUCUUUUCUCUCCUUGUUGCUUUUUUAAGUUGCCUUCUGUUGCUUUUUAAAAGCUUCCCAAACCUCUAGCUUCUCAGUAGUUUUUGCCAUAUUUUAUCCCCUCUCAUGCUCAAAUCUGAUCUUUGACUUCCCUUGUCAGCCACAGUUGCCUUUUGCUCCCUUUAGCAGACUUUUUCACAUUUGAGAUGUAUCUAUCCUGCACCUCCAAAUUGCCUCCAGCAACAUCAUCCAUGCUAUUCUGCUGUCAUCCCUGCUAGUGUCCCUUCCAAGCAACUUUGGUUAGCUCAUCUGUCAUGCCUCCAUAUCUGACUUUACUGCACUGCCAUACUGCCUUUGGUUUCUCUUUCUCAAACUGCAGGGUGAAGUGAAUGCUGUCAUAUUAUGAUCACUUCCUCCCAAGGGUUCCUUUACCUUAAGCUCCCUAAUCAAAUCUGGUUAAUGACAUAAAUCCCAAUCCUAAAUUGCCUUUUUUCUGAGUGGGCUCAACCUCAAGCUGCUCUAAAAAGCAAUAUCAUUGGCAUUGACAUUCUCUGAAGGCCUUCUCCUGGAUUCCAGCACCAAACUGAUUCUCCAAAUCUUCCUGCAAAUUGAAAUCACCCAUGACUAUCGUAACAUGAUAGGAAUCCAAUUUCUACUUAUAGGGAUACUCCUGACCUUUAAUAUGUAUCCUUGUGUAUUACUCUGUGUAAAGAUAUUUCUGUCAUUGAUAACGCAAACGCAAGAAAAUCUGCAGAUGCUGGAAAUUCAAGUAACACACACAAAAUGCUGGUGGAACUCAGCAGGCCAGUCUAGGAAGAAGUACAGUUGACAUUUUGGGUCGAGACCCUUCGUCAGGACUAACGGAGAAAAGAGAUGUAAGAGAUUUGAAAGUGGGAAGGGGAGGGGGAGACCUGAAAUGAUAGUAGAAGACAGGAGGGGGACGGAUGAAGCGAAGAGCUGGGAAGUUGAUUGGCAAAAGGGAUGCAAGGCUGGAGAAGGGGGAGUAUCAUAGGACGGAAGGCCUUGGAAGAAAGAAAGGGGGAGGGGAGUACCAGAGGAAGAUGGAGAACAGGCAAAGAGUUAUUGUAAGAGGAAAGGAGAAAAAAAAUAUUAAAAAUAAAAAUUAGGGGUGGGGUAAGAAGGGGAGGAGGAGCAUUAAGGGAAGUUAGAGAAAUGAAAAUUCAUGCCAUCAGGUUGGAGGCUACCCAGACGGAAUAUAAAGUGCCUGAGUAUGGCUUCAUCUCGACAGUAGAGGAGGCCAUGGACUGACAUAUCGAAAUGGGAAUGGGAUGUGGAAUUAAAAUGUGUGGCCACUGGGAGAUCUUGCUUCCUGUGGCGGACACAGCGUAGGCGUUCAGCAAAGCCGUCUCCCAAUCUGCGUCGGGUCUCACCAAUAUAUAGAAGGCCGCAUCGGGAGCACCGGACGCAGUAUAUCACCCCAGCCGACUUACAGGUGAAGUGUCGCCUCACCUGGAAGGACUGUUUGGGGCCCUGAAUGGUGGUAAGGGAGGAAGUGUAAGGGUAUGUGUAGCACUUGUUCCACUUGCAAGGAUAAGUGCCGGGAGGAAGAUCGGUGGGAAGGGAUGGGGGGGAUGAGUGGACGAGGGAGUCUUGUAGGGAGUGAUACCUGUGGAAAGCAGAAGGUGGGAGGGAGGGAAAGAUGUGCUUAGUGGUGGGAAAAUUCUCUUUUCCUGUUUUUAUACAGUAUCUCAUCAUCAUUAUGUGCAAUAUCAUAUGACGUGGCAAUGAUGGUCUUUGACCAUGAUUGUUCUUGAUAAUUUUGCUACAGAAGUGGUCUACCAUUGCAUUCCCCUGGACAGUGGCUUGACAAGAUGGGAGACCUCAGCCAUUAUCAGUCGUCUUCAGAGGUUGUCUGCCUGGCAUCAGCGGCUGCAUAACCAGGACUUGUGAUAUGCACCAGUCGCUCAAAUGACCAUCCACCAACUGCUCCCAAGGCUUCACAUGACCCUGAUCAUGGUGCAGGGGUUGGGGGGGUGGGGGUGGCGAUAAUCAGAUGUUACACCUUGCCCAAGGAUGACCUGUGAUCUGCUGGCUAGCAGAGGGAAGAAGCAACUUACACCUCCUUUGGUGGAGACGUAUCUCCAUCCUGUCACCCACACUUUAUAGCUUACCUUGUUAAAUAAUUUCUGAAGUGACAUAUGCAGGAUGCACUGCUUUUCUUAAGACAGCUCAUGAUGUGCAUAUGAUUAGAAAACGGACCAUUCUACUCUAGAUUCUAGAUUAUGGUCGUCUAGAUUCCGAUUCUGAUCAGACUAACUUGAUUAUUGUGCUUGUAAGAAAACAGUAAAAAUAGCAACUUUUUGGGAUCCUUUUUAAGGUAGAUUUAGCUUAGCAAAUGUAACUAUCAACAAUUUGAAAUUUUA